UUACCCACAGCAAGUUGCAAUUUUUCAACAGCUCAAACUGUUUAACAGAUUUCUACCUGAAGAAUCUUGCUUUCAGGAAAACUGGUCAGAAGGCUUGGAUAGAGAAGACCUUUUCAAAAAGAGAAUGCAUCUAUGUAAUUGCCAACAACAAAGAUAUUAGCAGGUGCUGUUGUGGCCAGCUCAUUAACCAGCAUAUUCCACCUCCUCCAAGUACAACAGCUAAUAAAAAUGGAGAAGAAACAAAGCAAGUGGAAGCUCAGCCAGAGAAGUGGUCCAUCAGCAAACACACCCAAACGUACCCAACUGACGCUUAUGGAAACCUUGAAUUCCAGGGAGGAGGCCAUUCAAAUAAGGCCAUGUAUAUCCGUGUAUCAUAUGACACCAAACCAGAUUCUCUGCUGCAUCUCAUGGUGAAAGACUGGCAAUUAGAAUUGCCCAAACUCUUAAUCUCUGUCCAUGGAGGUCUCCAGAACUUUGAAAUGCAGCCGAAAUUGAAGCAAGUAUUUGGAAAAGGUCUGAUAAAGGCUGCCAUGACCACCGGAGCCUGGAUUUUCACUGGAGGUGUUAGUACAGGUGUCAUUCGUCAUGUGGGAGAUGCCUUGAAAGACCAUUCUUCAAAAUCCAGAGGACGAAUCUGUGCCAUAGGAAUUGCACCAUGGGGCAUUGUAGAAAACAAGGAAGAUCUGAUAGGAAAAGAUGUAACACGUGUUUACCAAACAAUGUCAAACCCUCUAAGCAAGCUUUCUGUGCUCAACAGUUCCCAUACCCACUUCAUUCUGGCAGACAAUGGCACACUAGGUAAAUAUGGAGCUGAAGUAAAGCUACGACGUCAGUUGGAAAAACACAUUUCCCUCCAGAAAAUUAAUACACGGCUGGGACAAGGUGUUCCUGUAGUUGGGCUUAUUGUGGAAGGUGGUCCCAAUGUUAUCUCCAUUGUUUUAGAGUGUCUACGGGAAGAACCUCCUCUCCCUGUAGUGAUUUGCGAUGGUAGUGGACGAGCUUCUGAUAUUCUGUCAUUUGCACACAAGUAUUCAGAAGAAGGAGGGAUAAUAAGUGAAUCUCUCAGGGACCAGCUUCUAGUAACCAUCCAGAAAACCUUCAAUUACAGCAGGAAUCAAGCUCAUCAGCUGUUUAUCAUUCUCAUGGAAUGCAUGAAAAAAAAGGAACUUAUCACUGUGUUCCGUAUGGGAUCUGAAGGGCAACAAGACAUUGAGAUGUCUAUCUUAACUGCUCUUCUCAAAGGUACCAAUGCAUCUGCUCCAGACCAGCUCAGCUUGGCUUUGGCCUGGAAUCGUGUUGACAUUGCACGCAGCCAAAUCUUUGUCUUUGGACACCACUGGCCACCUUUAGGAAGCCUCACAGCUAGUGAUGGUACAGCCCCUGAGAAGGAAAAGAAAUCUCCAGCAGUUCAGACUAAAGCAGCCAGAGGGAAAGGAAAAGGGAAGAAAAAAGGAGGAAAAGUAAAAGAAGAGCCAGAAGAAGAAACAGAUCCAAGGAAGCUUGAACUCCUGAACUGGGUGAAUUCUCUGGAGCAGGCUAUGCUGGAUGCACUGGUUCUGGAUCGAGUGGACUUUGUAAAACUACUCAUUGAGAAUGGAGUUAACAUGCAACAUUUCCUCACUAUUCCUCGACUGGAAGAACUUUAUAAUACUAGAUUGGGUCCUCCAAAUACACUGCAUUUGCUAGUUAGAGAUGUGAAAAAGGGAAAUCUUCCACCAGAUUAUCAUAUCAGCCUAAUAGAUAUUGGUCUUGUACUUGAAUAUCUCAUGGGUGGAGCUUAUCGCUGCAACUAUACUAGAAAAAGUUUUCGGACUCUUUAUAAUAAUUUAUUUGGACCAAAGAGGCCAAAAGCUCUUAAACUUCUAGGGAUGGAGGAUGAUGAGCCUCCUACGAAAGGAAAGAAGAAGAAGAAGAAAAAGGAGGAAGAGAUAGAUAUUGAUGUGGAUGACCCAGAAGUGAGCCGCUUUCAGUAUCCAUUUCAUGAACUGAUGUUAUGGGCCGUGCUGAUGAAAAGGCAAAAGAUGGCACUCUUCCUUUGGCAACGAGGGGAGGAAACUAUGGCCAAGGCACUUGUUGCUUGUAAGCUGUACAAAUCUAUGGCGCAUGAGUCUUCUGAAAGUGAACUGGUAGAUGACAUCUCUCAGGAUCUGGACAACAACUCAAAAGAUUUUGGCCAGCUGGCUGUUGAACUCUUGGAUCAGUCCUACAAACACGAUGAGCAGAUUGCCAUGAAACUACUGACCUAUGAACUGAAAAACUGGAGUAAUUCUACCUGCCUGAAACUGGCUGUGGCAGCUAAGCACAGGGACUUCAUUGCUCACACAUGUAGUCAGAUGCUCUUAACAGAUAUGUGGAUGGGACGACUGCGUAUGCGGAAAAACCCAGGCCUUAAGGUUAUAAUGGGGAUUCUUUUCCCUCCAACCAUCCUUUUCCUAGAGUUUCGCAGUUACGAUGAUUAUUCUUACCAGACAUCACGAGAAAAUGAAGAAGGCAAAGAAAAGGAGGAGGAAAAUGUGGAUGCAAAUGUGGAUACAGGUUCCCGAAAAGGGGAUGAAGAGAAUGGAAAUAAAAAACAAAACAGCCUUCCAAUUGGAACAAAGAUCUAUGAAUUCUAUAAUGCUCCUAUUGUCAAAUUUUGGUUCUACACAAUAUCAUACCUGGGUUACUUGAUGCUAUUUAACUAUAUCAUCUUGGUGCGGAUGGAACGGUGGCCAUCUGUCCAGGAAUGGAUUGUCAUCUCCUACAUUGUGACAUUGGCUUUAGAGAAAGUAAGAGAGAUUCUAAUGUCAGAGCCUGGAAAGCUGAGUCAAAAAGUGAAAGUUUGGCUUCAGGAAUACUGGAAUAUUACUGACCUGGUGGCUAUUUCAGUAUUUAUGAUAGGAGCAAUUCUUCGCCUACAGAACCAGCCUUACAUGGGUUAUGGAAGAGUAAUUUACUGUGUAGAUAUAAUUUUCUGGUACAUUAGAGUACUAGAUAUCUUCGGAGUGAACAAAUAUCUGGGACCUUACGUCAUGAUGAUUGGAAAGAUGAUGAUUGACAUGCUCUACUUUGUGGUCAUCAUGCUUGUGGUUCUGAUGAGUUUUGGAGUAGCACGCCAAGCUAUCCUGCACCCAGAUGAGGAGCCUUCUUGGAGACUAGCUCGCAACAUCUUCUAUAUGCCCUACUGGAUGAUCUAUGGAGAGGUGUUCGCAGACCAGAUAGACCGUAAGAGUAGAAUUCAUACUCCUUGUGGGGACAAUCUUUACGAUGAGGAUGGUAAACGUCUCCCUCCAUGCAUACCAGGGGCCUGGCUCACUCCUGCUAUUAUGGCUUGUUACCUCUUGGUAGCAAAUAUUCUGCUGGUAAACCUGCUGAUUGCCGUCUUCAACAAUACCUUCUUUGAAGUAAAAUCAAUAUCCAACCAAGUCUGGAAGUUCCAGCGGUACCAGCUGAUCAUGACAUUCCAUGACAGACCUGUCCUCCCACCACCAAUGAUUAUCUUCAGCCACCUCUACAUAAUCAUCAAGCGAGUCUGCUGUCGCUGCAAGAAGCGCGAAGGAGACCAGGAUGAGCGUGACAGGGGACUGAAGUUAUUUCUAAAUGAUGAAGAGCUAAAAAAGCUGUACGAGUUUGAAGAGCAGUGUGUAGAAGAAUACUUCCAGGAAAAAGAGGAUGAGCAGCAAUCAUCUAAUGAUGAACGCAUCCGAGUUACCUCUGAAAGAGUUGAAAAUAUGUCAAUGAGGCUAGAAGAAGUGAAUGAAAGAGAACAUUUUAUGAAAGCUUCUCUUCAAACAGUUGACCUUCGACUCUCUCAGUUAGAAGAACUAUCUGGUCGGAUGGUGAAUGCUCUUGAGAAGCUGGCAGGUAUUGACAAAUCUGAGCUCACAUAUACACGUUCACGGGCUUCAUCUGAAUGCGAUGCUGCAUAUCUCCUAAGGCAAAGCAGCGUCAACAGCUCUGAUGGCUACAGCAUGUAUAGAUACCAUGUUGGCGAUGAGUUAGCAUAUGAUGACAGCACCGCUCCAAUGUCACCAGCCAUAGGAUCACGUAAAAAAGCCCAUUCUGUUGGAACAAAAGAAGAUGGAGCAGACUCAAGGAUGCUGGUUCCAGAGCACCAUUCCGCUCUCCAUUAUACCUCUAGUGCUAAUGCAGUCACCCCAGCAGAUUACAGUAGAUCUGCAUUAGACACUGCACAUAAUACUUCUAGUCCCCAUUCUGGUUCAGGUGGUUUGGGGGAUGAAAACCAAGGAAUUUUCAAGAAAGAUGAAAUGGCUCCUCAAAGUUUAAACCAGAUGGAUGUUCUUAUGAACAGGCAGUCAGUACCAAGAUCAGAUUUUCAGAACACUCAGUUAAAAGUAGAACGGACCAAGUUAGAAGCAACCAUCUCUUAUCCCUUGGACAAAUCUAAAGCAAUGCGCUAUUUUCCUCCUGAAACAUUCAGUGCUUGUCAAACCACUAUGAUGAAGUCAAGGAGCUUUAUAUUUGCACAGGGUGGGAAGCUGGUUGGAGGGGUUAACAACUGGACAACAGAAUACAGUACCAUCAUGGAUCAAGUGUGCCCUUCUACAAUUGAGCAGUGGACCACAGAGUGGAAAUAUGAAGUUGAGCAGCAACUUUCUCAAGAACGUCCUCCAGAAUACCCUGGUAUUAUCUCUGAAGCAGAAAGGCAAGCAGAGCAGAAACAGUUACAAAUGGACACAGACAACGACAGUGAUGCUGGUGAAGCAGGUAUUAGUGCCUCUUACACCUCUACGCCUGCCACUGUCAAAACUCAGACAGAGAACUUGUUAUCAGUAAAGCCAGAGAGGACUUCUGGGUUCCCAUCAGUACGAUCAAAGAGUUUGCACAGCCAUUCUCGGAAAGCCAAGUCUAUAAAGGACAAAUUAAACAGACCAGGACAUGCCACUAGCGUAACUAACUUAGUAGUAGCAUUUGGCAGUGCAACAGAAGAACAGAAAUCUAGACAAGAAAAUGCAUCUACAGAAACUGAGUGUUGAAAUGGGUAACAGCCCCUGUUUUAUUGACAGUCAAAAAAGUAGCAUGGCUAAUUGAAAAAAAAUGAUGGAAUUUUUAAUUAAUUUAUACAGAAUAAUGUUGCAUACAUUUGUUUCUUUUCAUUUCAGACUAAUUAGGUAUAUGUUCUGCUCUUAAAUAAAUUCUUGCUGGGUCAAGUGAAAGGGAGAUACUCUCUCAGGGGCAGAUAUAAAAGUAGGCUAGUCUGCAGAUGCUGACAGCACUGAUCUUUGUUCCAUUUCCACUUCCCUUGUAAACUCAUUUACUGAUAGACUGUUUAUAAAAGCUCUUGAAAGGACAAUACAAUCAUUUAAUAAUUUAGAAAAUAUUUUUUCUUCUUUAUCAGAAGACUUCUUAAACUGCACUAAUUUUUAACCAGCCUUUGUUUUUUAUCCUCACACGGCUGGUUUCUUUGUGGCCAUUAUGUUUCCAGAUCAAAACAAAAUUGUUGAGUGCAUGGAAGAAUUACGUAGUCCCCUUUCACUUCUUAUUUCAUGCAUGCUUCUUAGCACUACUUUCAGAAAGGCAGAACACAGCAGCUUCUACCCAACAGAAUACUUCUGAGUGGAAAAAUACAGUUAUGUUUGGAAAAACCUGACCUAGAAUGCUAUGCAUGGACAUAUUCUUGACCCGUCCUUGAACUUGGCUGACAUAGUCUGCUUUCAGGAUCAUAUCUGUCUCUGCCCCAAAGCAUUCUGGCAGCCUUAAACUGUUGAAAAACAGUGAUCAUUGUUUCAAAAUGUUUAGAGAGAUUAUCAGUAUUUAAAGUGUAGGUUGAUUUUAAUAAUAUGAAUCCAAGAGCUGGAUUAGUGUUUUAUAUAAACAGGGUAACAACAGAAUCCCAUGUAGAGAAGGAAACUGUUUUGCCUGCGAGAGAAAAAAAAAGAGGAAAGGUAUUCUGAUCAGGUGAGAUCAGAACAUAGCGAGUCUGCGUUUGAAGUAAAUCUACUGUGACAAAUCAAUCUCUAGUUUUGCAAUUUCAUUAUGACAGUGCACAAGGAACAAGAGUUUCUAUGAGUCAAUCUAAGCAAAAAAUAAAUUCUACAGUGAGAAGAGAAUUUCCAUGUAUUUCAUUGAGUCAGUUUCAAAAAGAAAUUUCAAACGAAAAAGCCCUCUCUACAGAGGAAGUAUUUUCUAUCACUCAGCAACUAAGACUGGAAAUCCACGUCUCUAGUUACAGUUUGCCAGCAUGCUUGUCUCAACAGUAGCAUUCUGUAUACUAGGUUUUGAUAAUUUCCUUCAUAAUAGUAUGAUUUUUCAUUUGCCUCAUUCUUCUCUGUUAUGUUUUAGAAAUUUUGUUUUCCUAAAUAUUCAGCCCUCUCUCUGCAGGGAAGGUGUACCAUUUAACAGAUAAGAAAGAAAAUAAGUUAAACCUAUGUUACUUGUUCAUAGAAUACUGGUCAAAAGUUUACGCUUAACUCAUUUACAGUUAGUACUCAUUCCUACACUGUUUUGAAAAGACAACAUUUCUUUCCCCCCCCCCCAUCAGCUCCUCCUUACAUACGUUUCAGUAUGCUCUCUGCUAAUGGGUCUUAUGGCUACUGAAUUACAAAGAUUGAUGUAAGAAAUGCAUUGAUGGCAUCAGAUUUUUAUUAUUUGUAUUAUAUUUUCAUCCUCCAUCCGCAACUACAUUUUGAAGUGUUGCUACCAUGCUGCUUGAUUGUGGUGACCGCAUAGACAUUUCUGAAAGUUCAGUCAUCAUUACCAUACAUUUUUGCCAGCUUGGUCUUAUGAGCAUGUUUACUGGUUUCACUGUUACCAGAACAGUGAAGACAUUUGUUUUUCAUGAGGGCUUCUUUUUUUAUUCAAGUUUAGGGAACAUGACAUUUUAUAUAAACAGGAAGACAUUUGAAGUUGUUUCACUUCCAUGUUUACUUUUGUGUUACCUUUCUGUGGAACGACACAGCUAUUUUGUAUGCGUGGUUAAUAUAUCCUCCAAUUUGUCAAUGCCUUUUUAUUGUUUGCCUGCAUGCUCACCAGGAACUAAUUCAUCAAUAAACACAAAGGGAUGCAGCUAUUCAGCACUUUGCUAAACAAGCAGUAUGCAGUGUGGACCACAAUGCAGUGUGUUGCAUGCCUCUUGUUACAUUGUGUUUAUAAAAUCUGCAUUAAAUCAUGCUUUGUUUGACCAGACAUUUUUUAGCCUUUGCAUUACAAAGUUACUAAGUGGGAUGUAGUUUUCAAACAACAUUUUUCCUUUGUAUUUAUUUUCUUCUCUUGUGCAAAACAUUUAUAAAGAAGUCGUAUUAAAAAGAUAUGUAAUUAAUUCAGUAUACCAAACUGGCCACUGUAAGGAUAUAAAAACUCUCCACUUACUGUUUCUUCUUACUCAGUGAAUGGGCUGAAUGUUUUCUAAGCAAAGUGUUGUUUUUCACCACUUGCCAGUAAUUUUCCAUGAAGUUCUCUAUACAGGCUUGGAUGUUUCCUGUGCUCUUGCAAUCCAUGAACUGAAAUGGUAACUCCUUUGCCAUUAAAUGUGAAGUGACUACGUUGAUGUUGGUAGAGUCAUGUUACACAAAUGUCCAUAUUAAGAUUUAAAUAUGGCUCUGUAUGUGCACGCAAGGCUGAUACUAGAUUUAGAGCACACUGAACAGAAUAAUGGUUAACACUUCUGUCUGCCCAACUUCAUGGUUUCUCUUGGCGAAACAACACUUCGAACACUUGGCGAAAGGAUACAAACACAGAAUUUGUAUUUCUGAAGAGACACGUUUAACACUGCCUUUUCAGAAGAUACAUCCCUCCCACUAUUAAGGAUGACUCCGCAGCAGUGUCAUAGUGAAUUCCACUUACCUUUUUGUUUAUGAUUAUUAUGUACUUGAUCUAUACGGAGCCAGGUCAAGCCUAAAGAGCGUGCAUUCCUUGUCUGUGCAGAGGCAUUGCACUGAGGUGAUUUAAGUGAAUUCACCAUACAGUAUCUUGCAAUUUGACAUAUCCUUUUUCCCUCAAAGCAAAUAUUUCAAACACAUUAAAUAAUCGCAGUGUAGGCAUGUUCUUAACUAUACCACCUGAUUCUAAUUAUUUCAUUUUACAUUGCAUGAUUCUGGGAAUAUUUUGACUUUGCCCUUGCAAGACCUGUUCUAUUGCAGACUUACCCUUUCCAUUUGAAAUGCUGGAUUUAGAUACCUGAGAACCAAAAAAGUCAAUUUGCCUUAUCAUUUAGCAAUGAAUUCAAAUAACCAUUGAAUUCUUCCAGAUAUGGUCUCUCCAGAUUGCUUCUUUGGACCCCUUUCCUAUGUUCUAGGUUUGGUGAGAUGUAUGUCUGUCUUACUAAAAAAAAAAAUAAUUCAAAGAAUCCAAGUAUCUGUGAGGCCUUGUCCAAAAACAGGACAGUACAGAUGUCAACAGGAUUGUUUCAUUAGAUGAGCAUGAUCCACAGGAUCUGUAAUGGGUGCUCUGGACAGUUAAUCCAGAAAAUUGCUGCUGAGCUUUUGUCAUGGCAGAGGUAAGUUUUCAAACAGUGACAGCAGCACUUGGACACAUUGCUGGGGUUCCAUCUAGUAAUGUCAUUGUCAGCUUAUAACUUCUGCACACUGGUCACUUCUAAUUGGAUUCAUGUUGUACUCCAAAACUUGUGAUAAGCAAAAAGGAGACAUACCUUAUAUGCAAAAUCAUGAAAUUAUUGUUAGUGUAAUGGAAAUUUUAACAGUAUUUAUUAUUAUUAGUCUAGAUCUAAUUGUUGUAGGGGAAAAGGAAAAACAAGAGUAAAGGAGAGGAGAGACAAAAGGAGAGAAAAGAAUGCUACUAUACCACUGCAGGGAAAAAAAACCAAUAGGGUAAAAGUCAUAUACACAUACUUCCUACUAUCUGCUGCUUUUUCUAGAUGUUUUGCUCACACUUGCACUGAUCUUCUGGAUCUAAGAGUCACUGGCAAUGAGAGUGGAGAGAAAAUAUUGCUAGCUGUCAGCAUUCCAUGGGUUGUCCAUCUUUACUAGGGUGUGCGUGAUGUUGAUGUUGUCUUUUUCCUUACUCUUUACUUGCUUUCUUAGGAGCAUCUUUAUGUUCGCUAACAAACUUAACAGCUUGGAUUUUCUUCACUGGCCUCUAAGUCCAUGUUAUGCCUGAAUUUCCUACUCAUUCUAAAAAUUGCUUUCACAGAUAAACAAGUGAAGGCACAGCUCUAGGCAGGUUGAGACAAGUUCAGAUAAAGCAAUCCUGACAAGCCUCAGGCCUUGCAAAGUCAACAUAAUGCCCAUGGCCUGUUACUGACAGAGACAAUGCUCUAUAAAUUGGGCUGUGAGGCUACCUUAGACUAGAAGGUGCUUUCCUUUCCCUACAGCCAUUGCAGAUAAAUGCUCUACUGCAUGCAGGGGUCACCUGAGCUGGUAUUUCAACUUGUUGAUCUUAAAAACCCAAUGGGAUCCAGCAUCAAGCAGAAAGGCAAACAGAUGUAAGGCUCAGGUUGAUUGGGCUAUUGAAUGCUCAUUUCAGCCAGAUCCAGAGAGGCUGAGCAAUCAAAAACCAGUAGGCACUAGUAGUUCAGAUAGCAUGCUGACAAACUGCAGGCCUUAGAAGAAUUCCCUUAAAAUUGCAGUCUUCUUUUACUUCUGUCAACCUUGAGCGUAAACAAAACUUGAUAGUGUAAAGUGGUUCUUUAUGGUUGAUGUCCUCCAUCUUUACAUAAGGUAAGUCUUCAUAAUAGGCUUUAAAUAAAUUAGUGUUUGCAUUUGUUCAGCCAAAGCAAUUAAGAGCUUGGUGAUAAAGAAAAGGGAAUUGUAUAAUUCUAUCUUCCUGCUCCUCCUUUGCCUCUAUAGCACUAAAACCUCUAUGAAACUGCAGUGCUUUAUCCUCCAUGAUUCUAGACAUCAGUGUGUCCCUUUUUUUUUCUUUAUUUUUUUGCACUAACUGGAUUGCCAUGCUUAGAAAGUUAUUACCUCAUCAGACCAACAGACUUCAAAAAUUGCUAUGAAGAAAAGUUGGACUCUAGUUUAGAAUACUGUUAAUCUGAAAGUCAUUAUCACAUUACCUAUGUAAAAUAGUGCAAGCCAAGGUGGAACAUUGUACCAAUUAAGAGCUCCAAAUAACUCCAGGCAAGUAAUACCUACAUAGUGAUUAACAAGGAAAGUACCUUUAUACACCAUAGCAAAGUUCAGCAUCAUUAAACUCCCACACUUCAGAAUACUACCUCCACUUUACAGAUGUGCCUUUUAAAGUAGGUGAGAUUUUUUGUGUGUUUUUUUCCCCCUGGGAUACCUCAAGAAACUAAAACCUUUGCAUAGGUUUUAUAUAUUUUGCAUAUCCUGGCCAAGAGUAUCAAAGUUGCUGCUUUGUGUAAAUAGCAUUAAACAAAUUCUUCUGUUGAAUCUUCAUCAAAGACACUCAGAAAAGAGAUUUUUUAGACUGCUUAAGAAAUUUAAAUUAAAACAUAGUGAUUAUUUUUCACAGGAGUUAAUAUGGGCCUGUAGGGCUGUUGUCCUCACAAGUCUCCAGCAAAAGUUCCACAUUUCUAACUGCAAGUUAUGGCAAAUUGAGUGUGCAGACUAUUGAGUGCACAGGUAGGGAGAUGUCCAGGUGAAACAAUAAACUGUAAUAUUUUCAAUGAAAAAUACAAUAAACUUUCAUCAAUUAAUCCCUGAUUUUGCAGACUUGCCACAUAUUUGCUGUAGCUCUGGCCACAUAGCUAAGCUGUGAAAUCAUACAACGUGUACAUCUUUGUGUCCUGGAGUUCAAAUCAAUAGUUGAAUUACUCUUCGUAAUGCUAUGAAACCCUUAAGUUGUCACAGAAACACAGGCCUGAAAGAGAUAGAUCAUCAACACUAAAGUGAGUUCAGCACUGUUGAUAGCAUCAGUGGCAGAUGGUGGUCUAACCUGUUCUUGAACGUGUCUAACGAAAGCCAUUCUCUAAGCUGCUGAGAUCAAAAGGGAUCAUUAUGGAAGUCUGUUCUUAUUUAACCCUAGACCUCCAGCGUUGCACAAGCCAAAGUACUUCUCCAACUGCAGAGCUGAUUUGUGAGGUUUUACCAGAGCUUUCAGGAAGAUACCUAAUCUGAUGUGCAGUUAAUACAGCAAGUUAUGCACCACAGUCAUAGGUCCUGGCCUCCUGCUUGUGCCUCUAUCCCACGAGCCUUGCUGUGACCUAUGCCUAGCUCAUAGGCAGCCCCCGGCUCCUUCAUUUCAGUACACUGGCUGCAGGGCAGCACCAGCAGGUGCACCUAAGUGAAGGAAAUUCCAUGAUUGAAGAUCUGCACCUGCUCUCUCCAGCUAUGCACAUGUUUAAUGUGAUGAGCAAGAAGGUGCCUGUGGCAGCAACCCAGGGCUGCACCAAGAUGUGCUUAACAUUCCAUAGCCGCAACAUGAUAUACUUUGUGUGGAAGGUGGCAGUAGGAUGAA